UUUCGAGAAAGGCUGUUGGAAGUUAGCUAGCAACAGAGUGCAUUUGCUAGAAAGCGUAGGUUAGCUAGUACUGUGCUAUACCCUAGCCAGCCAGCACUGUAUUGAAUGUGUGAAGGUCUUUUGAGAAAUGCUUGUAUGCAGUGUUUGUGCGGGUUUGCGGCUUCAGGAUCAAUGUUCUCUGUUAGAUUAGUUAUGCAAUUUUAUUAACAAUUUCGUUAACGUUAUUGCAUGCAUUAUAAAACUGGAAUGUUAAGCUAAAAUAUUAACAAUGACAACAUUUAGUUAGCCAGCACAAACAGGUUAGCAAGCUGGUUGGCUAACGUUACAGCAUAUCACUGCUAUGUUAUAACAGUUUUGUUGCAUUCGUACCUUUGCCAACUACCUGGAGCUUUAUAAGUGAUGCGUGGUACUUUUACAUAGUUACAGAUAUCGUUGUGGAUGUAGCCUAACGUUAGCUCUCUCGAUAUUUUAGGGAGAGCUAACUUCGUGAUCAGCUAGCUACCUAUAUAUAUUUUUAUUAGUUGUAUUGUAUUGGUUUUACUUGCUAUACAACGGAGACGGAGAUUAUAACGUUAAUUGAUUGAAAAACAACAUGGUUAUAGCUAGAUGUCUAAUUAGAAACUGAGGAAACGCCACUGGUUGUCUGUCUGUCGGGACAAGAACAGUCUUCCAGAGUGAACAAUGACUGGACCAAGCUCCACUGGCACCAGUUCAACGGCGUCUAAGAUCGGUAGACACGGCCGCUCCAAAAGCACCAACAACUGCAAGUCCACUUUGGGUGCCGAAUCAGCCUCUUCAAGCUGCACAGCCAACACUGGUCGGUCAUCGGGAGAGGAAGAGGAGAAAGAUGGAGGUGUGCUGUUUUACGUGAACAGGGCAGGUUUUCCCAUUGAAAGUGUUACUUGGGAGAGAAUGUGGACUCAUGUUGCCAAAGUGCAUCCCGAUGGACAAGAGACGGUGGAUAAAAUAAGGAACGCUGCAUACCUCCCUAAACACCCCGUGCCGAUGCUCCCUAACUUCAAGCCCUCGAUGUCCGUCCCUGACUGGCUGCAGGCCGUCCAGAACUACAUGAAGAUGCUGCAAUACAAUCACACAGGCACUCAGUUCUUUGAAAUUAGGAAGACAAGACCUCUGAGUGGGUUAAUGGAGACGGCCAGAGAGAUGAUCAGGGAAUCCCUCCCCAUCAAAUGCCUUGAAGCGGUCAUCCUGGGAAUUUACCUGACCAACGGGCUGACCUCGGUGGAGCGCUUCCCCAUCAGCUUCAAGACGCAGUUCUCAGGGAACCACUUCCACCACGUGGUGCUCGGGGUCUACUGCAACGGCCGCUACGGCUCGCUGGGCAUGAGCCGGCGGGCGGACCUGAUGGACAAGGCGCUGACCUUCCGCACGCUCAGCGAGCUGGUGUUCGACUUCGAGGAGUCGUACCGCCGCUACCAGCACACCAUCAAGAAGGUGAAGAUCGGCCUGUACGUGCCGCACGACCCGCACGUCUUCCAGCCCAUCGAGUGGAAGUACCUGGUGCUCAACGCCUGCCGGCUGGGCCGGGAGGACAUGCGCAAGGAGCUGGAGAAGCACGCCCGCGACAUGCGGAUGAAGAUCCUGAAGUCGUCGAGCGCCCAGUCCCCCAUCAAAGAGCGAACGAGAGGCAAGUCCCUCUCCCCACGCCGUCGACAGAUCAGCCCCCAAAGACGGCAUCUCCACAGGAGAGACAAGUCGCCUGCCGCUGUGGACCGAAAGCCUGCUGAACUCAGCACCCUGAACGACGGCUACCAAAUCCGCAUCUGAGGUCCCGUCCUCUCUCGCACUGGGUCAGCUCCACACAGCUCUAUUUUCAAUGUAUUUAAUGGACAUUGUGUGUAUUUAUGUACAUAUAUUGCCGGGGGGUCCUUACUGGUUUUCAGCAAGACAACAAUUUGGCCACAACGGAAAAGCAUCGCUGGAAUGUUCUGGACUGUAUGUUGGAACGAAGGAAGAUAUCAUGGGAACUUAUUUUCCCAAUUCUACCUUUCAAAGAGUGUGACCCAGAGUUGUGGCUCCAAUUUCAGCCGUCCUUUCUGCUGUGUAAUAGUCAGGGCUGUGGCAGACCCGUGAGCAUCGAGAUCACAGAAUCCUCUAAAUAUCUCAAGAUUAAAGAUAAACACAUCCGUCCGCAUCCAUCCAGUCCUUGCCACGGUAGUAAACUUUGGGUACACACAGAUGUAUUUUUUAAAGCCCUUGUGCAGUGAUUUUUUUUUACUAUGAUGUAGUGUGAUCUAGGAGCCAGUGUUAAAUGCCAUCUUAAAUACGGUCAUUAUUAAUAUUAUACCAGUGGGUGUUGCCUGGAGAUGUGCAGGAAAGUCGAACGUAUUGAUUCCUUCUCUGGCUGUUGGAGAGCAGCAUUAUUUGCAGAUUACGUUGCUGCCUUUUCAAGCUAUGAGUCGAUGUGAAACUACUUAUUAACAUAUUCACAGCUUUAACAAACACAAGUUUU